AGCUGCCGGACGCUGGUUCAUCGCUGCUGUUCAGGAUGUUUGCGUGAAGAACCGAGAGUCCACCUGUGCGUGCUCCUUCAUGAAUAUCUCUAAUAAUUCAUUCAUUUUAAAUCAAGAGUCAGAUCGCGAUACAACCGAACACGACCGAGGAGCAGCUCUCAUCUCCGGCGGGACUCGGACUGACGAUCCGGACUUCACUAAAAGAAAUCUGUGUGUUUGUACAUGGCUGUGUCUAAGGGAGCCGGCACCCUGCGGGACCUCCAGCUGGCUCUGCAGCUGAAGAUCGAGGAGCUGCGGCAGAGAGACUCUCUCAUCGACGAGCUGGAGCUGGAGCUGGACACCAAGGACGAUCUGAUCAGGCAGCUGCAGGUGGAGCUGGACCGGCACCGCAGCGCCUCACAGCUCGCAGCCAACGCCGGGGAGACUGCAAACACAGCUGUGGUUCAGACUCCAGCUGCACCUGAUGAGCCUCAGCGCACAAAGAGGCUGGCCAUCUCUGCAGAGCCCACAGCGCUGGACCCCUCAAAGCUCUCUGAUGUUACACUCAAAAGCUACUGCAAGACCAAAGAGUCCAGUGAGCUGAUCCAGAGGGCUCUGAUGGACAACGACUUCAUGAAACAUCUGGAACACGGACAGAUCCUCACCAUCAUGGACUGCAUGCAUCCCACCAGCCUGACCAAGGGCUGCUGCGUCAUCCAAGAGGGAGACGACGGCUCCACCGUCUACGUCCUGGAGGAGGGAAUGGUCGAGGUGACGAAACAAGGAAAGACUCUGUGCACUAUUGGUCCGGGGAAAGUGUUUGGAGAACUGGCCAUCCUGUACAACUGUACCCGCACAGCAACGGUGACAGCUCUGACGGACAUCAAGCUCUGGGCGAUUGACCGACAGGGUUUCCAGACCAUCAUGAUGAGGACUGGUCUCAUCAAACAUUCCCAGUACACAGACUUCCUCCGCAGCGUUCCCUCUUUCCAGUCGCUACCUGAGGACGUCCUCAGCAAACUGGCUGAUAUUUUAGAAGAGACUCAUUACAGCGACUGUGAUUACAUUAUCCGUCAGGGAGCCACCGGAGACACAUUCUUCAUCAUCAGCGAAGGACAGGUGAAAGUCUGGCAGCAGAAGUCCCCCGGUGACGAGCAGGUGGUGGUGAAGACGCUCUCGAAGGGAGACUGGUUUGGAGAGCAGGCUCUGACCGGAGAGGACGUUCGCACAGCCAGCGUCACCGCUGUGGGAGACGUCACGUGUCUGGUGAUCGACAGAGAGUCCUUCAAGCAGCUGAUUGGAGGAUUGGAUGACGGCAACAACAAGCAGUACGACAGUGACGAGGUCCAGGCAAAUUUGCAGGCAGAGGCAGAUUUGUUUUCCAGUGUGUCUCUUAGUGAUUUUAACAUCAUCUGCACUCUGGGGAUGGGAGGCUUCAGCCGUGUGGAGCUGGUGCAACUAAAGAAUGAUUCUAAUCGAUCGUUUGCUCUGAAAGUGUUGAAGAAGCGUCACAUCAUGGACACCAGCCAGCAGGGCCACAUCUUGUCAGAGCGCUGCAUCAUGAUGGAGGCUCACAGUCCUUUCAUCAUCAGGUUGUAUCGGACCUUCAGAGACUCCAAAUAUCUCUACAUGCUGCUGGAGGCGUGCCUCGGAGGAGAGCUGUGGACGCAGCUGCGAGACAGGGGAUCAUUUGAUGACGGCGUCACUCGCUUUUACACCGGCUGCGUCAUAGAGGCUCUGGCUUUCCUGCACUCCAGAGGGAUCAUCUACAGAGACCUGAAACCUGAGAACAUUAUCCUGGACCACAGAGGAUACGCUAAGAUGGUGGAUUUUGGCUUUGCUAAGAAAGUGGGUCUGGGUAAGAAGACGUGGACCUUUUGUGGGACUCCGGAGUACGUGGCCCCUGAGAUCAUCCUGAACAAAGGCCACGACAGCUCCGCUGACUGCUGGUCUCUGGGAAUACUGGUCUUUGAGCUGCUCAGUGGCAGUCCUCCAUUUUCAGGCUCUGACCCCAUGAACACCUACAACAUCAUCCUGAGGGGCAUCGACAUGGUCGAGUUUCCCAAGAAGAUCACCAAGAGUGCUGCUAACCUCAUCAAACGACUCUGCAGGGACAAUCCCUCAGAGAGGCUGGGGAAUCAGAAGAAUGGAGCGAAGGACAUCCAGAAACACAAGUGGUUUGAAGGCUUCAACUGGGAAGGCCUCCGCCAGGGAACCAUCGCCUCCCCGUUCACACCCACAGUGGACGGACCUUUGGACAACAGCAACUUUGACUAUUUCCCGGAGGACGUAGAAGACGCUCCUCCUGAUGAAGAGUCUGGUUGGGACCUGGAGUUUUAGCAGGACGUGAUCAUCGUCUGAACGCUGACUGAACAAAGAAAACAAGCAAUUCUUCAGAAAGAGGAAGUGAAGCCAUAUCAGGAAGAGCUUUUUAUUUCUCAUGAAUGUUUGCAUCAAUGGUCAAGGGUUAAGAAAAGACAGAAAAAGAAGAAAAAUUAAAACAUUAAAAUUGAAUAUAGUACAAUAAUUAUAGGUCCAAACGGAAGAGUACACAAUUAUGACUUUGGAGUAUUGGGGGUACUGUUGAGAAUUUUUUUCUUCGUUACAAAUGAUUACAAGUUAAAAGUUAUUAUGUUAAACAUUCUCCCGUUUAUUAGUUUCCAGGGUCCAUCUCAUACAGAAAGUCCAGGAAAAGAAGAGUUCAAGAGCUGAUUUAGUUUUACAAAGAAGACCGAUUCUGUCCUGGUUACCAAUAAAUAUAUUUGUAUUAUUUUUCACUGUAAUUUAUCAGGAUCUGACAUAUUCUGUGAUCCUAAAUUCAGUGGUCUGGUUUAGCAUUCUUCUUAGCAUUUUGUAACUUGCAUUGCAAUCUGUAAAGGUGCCUUAAAGAAAUAGUUCAACAUUUUGGAAAAUUCUCUUUCUGGCUGAGUGAGCUGAAUUCAUCGUGACUGAACACAUGAGCGUUGUGCUGCCUUCAGGUACCAGGCGCGCUGGGAUAUCAGAGUUUCUUCUGGUUUUGUAGUGUUUAAAGAAUGAAAAUUAUUGCAUGUUUUCUUGUUUUAGUCUUGAAAUGUGUUAUCUAAUAAACAAAGAACCAGAACC